UCUAGGAGAUCAAAGAGCAGGAUGGAUAAAGUCAAGAAGGAACUGACAGAGUCAUUGGGAAGGAGUCCCUAUCCCCCUUACCCCAGUAGCCAGGGUUCAGAGAGCCUUCCGGGAACCAGCAAAACCUCGUCGGGCAGUAAGAAGUACCCACCGAUAAAAGAAAGAGGAUUUUACUCAGAUGUCCUUACACCAGGAGCUUUAGAUCUCUUGGGGGUAAGUGAAUAGAACCUCUAUCUAUCAUUGGUCUGUAGACAGUUGAAAUAUAAAUGACACAAACUGGUGUUAGAGUGAGAGAUAGAUAAAUGUAUUUUAAGAACAUAUAUUUUGAAGUUCCAUUUCUGUUUUCUGCCCCAUCUCUGCUCUUUCUUUCCUCUAAAGCUGUUUUUCAUGUCAUAGGAAGGUAGGAAUGUUAUUUUAUUUAUUUCGCCUCUUAAUACAUUUUAGAGCUUUGAGGAGUUGGGUGAUUUUCAUGAAAAUAGAAAGUCCUUUUCUAUAGUAUCUCAGGUGUUUUUAGGAAGUGAAAUGGCUUUCCCUUAAUGGUACCCCUCAUGCUUCAGUUUAUUGGCUUUUUCAAAAGGUAAAGACUUUCAAUUUCUUUCUUUCUUUCUCUUCUAGAACAGGAAAAGAGGGUUGAGACUUGUAGAAAAAUGAGUGGAGAUUGGUUUAUAUCAGGCCUGUCCAACCGGUUGAUCGCUCACCCCUCCCCAAAAAAGCUCAGCAACUUUGGUCCUCCCCCCUAAAAGAGCUCAACAACUCUGGUCGAUCCAAUGGGUAGAUCACUGCCAGUUUAUUUAUAGUGGGACUAGGAUGAGGGAAGGAAUUCCACUUGAUGAUUACUGGAGGCUUCUCCAGAUUUAUUAUACUUCCUAACCCUUAACUACUAACACAUUUUCCCUUCAGCUGUAGAGGCUGGGAAUGUGUUUGUCUUUUAAUUAAUGUUGAGAAUCUCAGGGAAUUGCACAAGGCACUGGAUGUACCAUCAGAUGUCAUAUCUCAUUCUUUGCAGUCUGAUUGCUAUUAUGAAAACUAGCUCACCAGAUCAUAGCUUGCUUUUUCUUUUCUCUCUGUAUAUGACCAAUUCUUGUUUGCUCAUUGAAUUCUAUACAUGUUUCUGUACUGUCUCUUUGUAAUCCUUAUUAUAUUAAAUUUCAGGAUGUGAGUGCAGGUCCGAAUGUAUACAGGGACUUACUGAAACAGUCAGAGCAUGAGGAUCACACGCCAAAAGGUAAGCACACGGAAAAGGCUGUUAUCAUCACUUUCCUCCCUAGGAAAUUGGAAGAAAGUUGAGCUCCUGUAACGGGGGGGGGGGGGGGAUAUGUGAACUUUGAAGAGUAUGAUUGAUCCUUGAUGGUGCCAAAAGGAACAGAACAGUCAAGCAAAGUCAGGGCAGAAUAAAUAUCUGUGGAUUUACAGACAAGUGGACUAGCAGCCAUGCCCCAGUCAAGUGGGUGGUAGCCAUCCUGAAGGGAUCAGAGAAGACCCAAUAGCUGGGCUUGUUUAAGGAGCUUGAAAAUGAAAGGGAGGGGGGAACGUCUUUUGUUUGGAGGAUAUGGGACAUGGUACGGGUACAUCUACCCUGUGAGGUAGGCUGAGAGAAAGUGAUUGACCCAAGGUCACCCUGUGAGCUUAGGAACAUAGGAAGCUGUUUUAUACUGCGUCAGACAAGGAGUCCAUCUAAUUGAGAAUUGCUCAUACUGCCUAACAGCAGCUCUCUAAGGCUCCAGGUGCUGUCUUCCCAGCCAUACCUAGAGAUGUCAGGGAUUGAACCUGGGGACCUCUGCAUGCUCUCCCGCUGAGAUACGUACAGUACUUCAUGAAUGAGUGAAGAUUUGAACAUAGUGUGACACAGGAGGAGCCAACAUUUCUCAGUGCGUGUUUAGCAUUAUGCAUAUAUGCAUAACAAACAUUUUCAGUUCUCCAAGAUGGGAUGGAUGAUAACUGUUCCCUUUUCACUUGUCCCUGGGUUUCAUAACUGUUGAUUUCACCAUGAAACUGGCAAGAGUUACAAAAUAACUUAGACUAAAUACAAAGCACAGAUAAAUAACAUUAAGCGGAAGAUAAGUAAAAUAGAUAAACCCAUUCUAGUUACUUCAAUGGAAGUGGAAAAUAUGAAAGAUCUCAUCACGUAUGGAUUUACACCAGAGGUAGGCAACGUAAGGCCCACGUGCCGGUUCCAGCCCAAAUGGGUUCUAGAUCCGGCCCAUGGACAGUCCCGAAAUUGCCGCAUGGUUCUGAUUCAUAUCGUUCAGAAAUCAUGUCUGCAGCACCAGAAAUCGCUUUUGCACAUGCCCAGACGCCGAAAAUCGCAUCUGCGCAUGUCCACGGCGCCGGAAAUCGCAUCUGCGCAUGUCCACGGCGCCGGAAAUCGCUUCUGCGCAGGCGUGAUUUCCGGCAUCUGGGCAUGCACAAAAGUGAUUUCCGGCGCCGCAGACGUGCUCAGUAGCAAUUUCUGGCAUCGUGCUGCGCUGGCCCGGCCCACAGACGAUCUCCAUGGGAGUGAUCCAGCCCAUGCCCGGUAAGCCUUGCCAACCUCUGAUUUACACUAUUGUUCUUUAAUCUGGGUGGAAGAGAGGGAAAUUUCCCAGAGCUGGGCCCCAAGCAUUGGAAAUCACCACAAAUUCUGUCCUUUGCAGGGUGGGAGCAGUUUUUGCAAUGUGCAUGCAGCUUUCUCUGGGCAGAUUCCACCAAUCUGCUGUUUUCAGUGGCUUAGGCAGUGCCUUCGCUGCUAUAGUGGUCACUUCAGUCAGACUCCCUGAUAAGUCUGGGAUUGGGACUCUUACAGUAACCACAUUUUUUUAAAAAAAAUGUUUUUGUUUUCUUAAUCUUGUUUCUUACCAGUCACAACAUUUGAAACUCCUGAGAAUAUUGAGUCUAUUUUGAAUGCCCAGCAAAUUGGACCAACUACAGAAAUAAUCAAAGAGACGGACUUUCCAUUGCAAUCAUAUAAGCCAAAAGUACAAGUUCCCUUUGAGGUGAUUCCAGGACAGUGUCCUCGGAAGAUAGCGAUCGAGAGGUAAUUAGUGCCAGGAAAUAGUUACAAAGGACUUGCGUACAACACAGGCAAGGACCAUUGCAUUUGGAUGUGCAGCUCUGGAUUUCUAUACAGAGAGUUACGCGAGCCUAUACUAAAACUAUUGAAAUGGGUGGGCUUAGGCUCCUCUAGCCCUGCAUAGGUUCAGGUUGUAAGAUGGCAAUCCUUCAGAGAGGUAGAUACGUUUCUCUGAUUUCAAUGGGCUUUGGAAUGCCAAAUUCAUAUGAUUGAGCUACAUACGUUAGCUUUUCUCACAGAACCUCAGCCUGAGGCUCCAUGGACAAAAAUCUACAAGCUGAUUUGGAAUGGUCUUCAGAAUAAUAGAGGAGUUUUUGAAUCAGGUACCCAUCUCUGACAACAUUGGAGUAUUGGACUGCCCCAAAGCAUAUAGUUUUGGCCUGUCUCUUUAUUACCCUGUAUUACUCAAUUUACUUUAUUAGUCAGUCCCUGAAACAGAUUAACAAGAAUUGAAUCGCGCUUCCUGUAAAUAUGAACUGUUUAAUCUUAUUAUUUAACCAGGUUGAGACGAUUAUAUCUCAGCCUGGAUAUCACUCAGCUCUUAGAAAUGGCAGGGAUAGAUUCCAAUGAAUUGAUGCCAAGACACCAGGACCCUGACAAUAUGCCAACUAUUGAGCAGAAGAACGACCCUCUUUUCCCUGUCUAUCUCCCAUUACAGGUAAGAUAAGGGAUUCAGUGGUGCAUGUGAUCUACUUCAGGGAUUCCCAAGCCUUUUACAAAGUUGACCCAGCAAUUGCAUUUGAUUAUGACUUUCCAUUAAAUAACCUGUGUGUCUCUAUGGAUAUCUAAUUACCAUUUGGAAAUUGCUGCUGUGCAUUAUGUCUUAACAUUGGAUUAAAAAUAACCAGGACACUGGGGUGGUGUGGGAGGUGGGGAGUGGAUGUGGCAACAUUAAUGGUACUUAAAAGAAGCUGAAUAGUGUUACAAAAGCCUGGUGCCUGCCCCGAUCUCUGCCAAGCAGUAACAAGAGAGCGCACAGGGUUGCAGGCAUACAUACAGGGUCAGUGUCCCUUUGGAGAAUAGAAGACAUGGCAGAGACAGUUGUGCUUUAAGAAAUAGGGUUUAUUCGCCUAUUUGCACCUUCAGUCUGCAUGAAGGGAGUCCAGAUAAUAACAGUAAUUUACAGCAUGGCUCAAAGCAUUCCAGGUAACUUUUAGUCUAUCCCACAAAGAUGGAUCUCAGCUGUUUUCCCCCUUCUUCCCAGAAGCCCUUUGCCCUCCCCCAGAGCAGUUACCGUGGCAACCUUCCAAAUUUCCAGUCUCUGGUCACACCUGGGGCAGGACCCUCAAUGGCUCUUUACCAGGGGUCGGCAAGGUUUUCCUCGCCUGGGCCGGUUCACUCCAGCGGAGAUCCCUCCGUGGGCCAGAUCAUGAGCGUCUGCGAUUUCCGACGUUGGCGGAAGUGAGUCCCCACACUGCGCCGCUUUAGCGCAGUGCGUGGGGACUUGCCAAGCGGGCAGCUCAGUUCAGGGGCAACUCGUGGGCUGGUCAAAUGACCCCCAUGGGCCGUUUGUGGCCCAUGGGUCUUAGGUUGCCUACCCCUGCUCUUUACUGUAAUGCUAACAGGUCUGCCCUUCCCUCAACCAGCCAGGUUGGUUUGCGUAAGGCAGUCCAGGAAUUCCCUCUCUGGCACAGCUCUGCAGUUAGUUUUUAAAAUCCAUUUCCCAAUCAAAAUCCUAGUAUUUAUAUGUUCCUAGUGUUUAUGGGGAUCCCCUCUAUUUCUAUAACAAUAUAUUUUGAAAAUAUGAGAUUGAUGUUUGGGUUUUGAUCCAGGAAGAUGUACAAGAAGCAGACACCUCCUACAAGAUAUUAGGCAGGAUCCAAAGAGCAGCCAGAGGCAUUUAUGAACACACACCUACCAGUGCUGCUCACCCCAUGGCCUUCAUUCUCCCUUCCCCAAGUCAUUAUAGAAGCUUGGCAGACCUUACACUCUUGCAGCAGGACAAGCUGCUGUCAGAACAAGCAGAGCCGUGGUGCACGUGCAGAAGUACUUGGAUAUGCAAAGAGCUGUCAGGAUUCCAAGUCAGCUAUUGACUUUGGUGAAGGAUUAAUUUCUCACUUCUUGCUUGCUUAGAUUUUUGAUAAUGAAGAGUAUGAUUGCCGGACUCCAGAAGAGUGGCUUUUGUUGGGUGUGGAACCUGAAUCUGAAGACCGGAAACCUAUCCCAGGAAAAGCACUCCUGCCUACGGAUGAUGAGCUUGGGCAUGGUAAAGCAUAGAUGUGAUGCAACUGAGUUAUUUCAUUUAUUACAAAGAUUGCAAAAUAAUAGUUGAAUACAUGAGAACCAUGCUUUUCUCCCUCCAAGUAUUUUUGUUUUGAAGUAUAGCAGAUCAAAACAUACAAUGUUUUCUUGCAUUUUGCAUAUAUUCUAAGGCCCCACCCUUCCCCAAGUGGCUCUAUGAAUCCCUACCAAUGAAACUUAGAAAUUAAUGUUUUUUAAUUACCAUAUUUUUCCGUGUAUAACAUGCCCCUGUGUAUAACACAACCCCUAUUUUUUGGGACUCCAAGUAAAGAAAUCCCCCCUAUGCACUAUCCGUGUAUAAGACGACCCCCAUUUUUAAACUUGAAAAAAUAGGGAAAAUAUAUAGUCUUAUACAUGGAAAAAUACGGUACUUUGUUUCAGUUAACAGUUAAGUGUAUUUUAUUUCUGCUGAAAUUCGUGGGAGUCAGGCUGUUGACACUAGCAUAAUGUUUCAUGUGAGUGGAACUAAACUAGUACUUUAGUGUCUGAACAUGUGGUAUUUAUGCAUUUUAUUAACUAUUUUAUAAGCCAUAAUUUUUAGACAUAGUGUCUGAUUUUUAAUGCCUCUAUAUCUGGGUGUACAAUGUGAUAUUCUUGUGAGUUAAUUUUUCAAAAUAUGUGGAGCGAUUGCAAUUCUUCUAUAAUCUAACACAAAUGACAGGUGCUUUUAGCCUAAAAAUUAAGUCCUGUAAGUUGACCACUUCAGUUAGAACAUGUGCCUAACAACAUUUCUGCAUUAUGUGAGUGCCUGGAGGCAGUUGGAGGAUGGAUAGCGGCUAACGGAUUGGGGUUGAAUCCUGACAAGACAGAAGUACUGUUUUGGGGGGACAGGGGACAGGCAGGUGUGGGGGACUCCCUGGUCCUGAAUGGGGUAACUGUGCCCCUGAAGGACCAGGUGCGCAGCCUGGGAGUCAUUUUGGACUCACAGCUGUCCAUGGAGGCACAGGUUAAUUCUGUGUCCAGGGCAGCUGUCUACCAGCACCAUUUGGUAUGCAGGCUGAGACCCUACCUGCCUGCAGACUGUCUCGCCAGAGUGGUGCAUGCUCUAGUUAUCCCCCGCUUGGACUACUACAAUGUGCUCUAUGUGGGGCUACCUUUGAAGGUGAUCCGGAAACUACAACUAAUCCAGAAUGUGGCAGCCAGACUGGUGACUGGGAAUGGCUGCCGAGACCACAUAAUACCUGUCUUGAAAGACCUAUAUUGGCUCCCAGUACAUUUCCAAGCACAAUUUAAAGUGUUGGUAUUGACCUUUAAAGCCCUAAAUGGCCUCAGCCCAGUAUACCUGAAGAAGUGUCUCCACCCCCAUCGUUCUGCCCGGACACUGAGAUCCAGCGCCAAGUGCCUUCUGGUGGUUCCCUCACUGCGAGAAGCCAAGUUACAGGGAACCAGUCAGGGGGCCUUCUCAGUAGUGGCGCCCGCCCUGUGGAAUGCCCUCCCAUCAGAUGUCAAAUAAAUUAACAACUAUCUGACAUUCAGAAGACAUCUGAAAGCAGCCCUGUUUAGGGAAGUUUUUAAUGACUGAUGUUUUAAUGUAUUUUAAACCUUCUGUUGGAAGCCACAGAGUGGCUGGGGAAACACAGCCAGAAGGGUGGGAUAUAAAUAAUAAGCUAUUAUUAUAAUAAAUUAUUAUUAUUUUUACCUACUAAGAUACUAAUACGUGUUGGGGUGCCAUUAAAAAUUAAAAGGAGAUACAAAAUAUGGAGCCCAGAACACAAAGCAGGAUCAUGAGGCUUGUAAAACUGUGAAGAGGACUCUGUGUAGUUCUGCCUAUUUUAACCAAGACAAUUGUGAAAAUGUGAUUCCCUGUUUGUCAUUCAUAUCUCAGAGGAUCCCAAAAGUCGCAAACUGAUCUAUAAGUGGAUAGAUGUUGGUGUUCUGGAUUAUGAUGAAGAGACAAAAUUUUACUUGGUUCAUAAGACAAACAGUCUGGGCCUAGUCCGGGAUGCACAAGGGAAACGUGUACUUAAUGGAGGAAUGACUGAAGAAGGUGGGCAUUGAUUUAUUUUUUAUUGGAUUACAGGGAAGAAGUUAAAAUCAAGAGCCUCUCUAUACCCAGUUAGCUCCCUUUGAUUCACGAAUGUCUUGGAUUGUGAUGCAUCUUUCUGCCUCUUUAAUAAGCAACCAUGGAAUAUUUUCUUUUUCCUGACAAUCCUUUGAGGAUUCAUAGAGGUGGAUCAUAGACUUCUAGAGUUGGAAGGGACCCUGAGGAUCAUCUAGUCCAACCUGCUGCAAUGCAGCAAUAUGCAGCUGUCCAAUAUGGGGACUGAACCUGCAACCUUGGCAUUAUGUGGACAAAUUCAGGAUUAUUUGUAAAAGGACCUCCAUUCUCAUCACUCCAUCACUUAGAACCUGAUCAUGUGCAUGUUUCCUUGGAAAUAAGUCCCACAGAAUUUGGUAUGGCCUACUUUUGGAGGGUCACAAUUAGAUGAGACAACAGGGGACCUGUGAUCAUAUCUCCCACUUUAAAAAAGCCAGUGGUCACCAUUGGGGGUGAGGAAUAACUGAGCAAUCAGAUUGGGAUUCUGGUACUGGGAGGAGGAGACAUAGCACCUUCCCUUACGCUACAUUUAUGAUCUAAAUUUCAGCUCCCAGCCCCACCACAGCCGCUCUUUAUGAUGAUCACAUGUUUUCCUCCACAUGAUUAACUGCAGUUGGUGGGGGAGAGGGCAGUUUAGAUUAGGAAAACAGUGUGAAGAAAAUGAUUCCCUCUCCCCACCCUCCCAUCUGCCUUUAACUUUUGAAAAUACAGUGGAAGAUACAGUCACACAUAUCCCUCCUGUCUCAUCUAGUUGGAUACAGUGACAUUUCUGAUGAGUAUUCUUCUGAGUCUCCAUUUGGAUUCUAUUACUCAUCAUUCUCUUUUCUGCCACGAAACUCUCAGCUUGACACUAGCUUGGUCAUAGACUCAUUAGAUAAUUUUGGCACCUGGUUUCUGCAAUCUAUUUUUAUGGCCCCAGUGUGUUCACAUUCUUUUCUAAUUUCUCCCCAGGGAGAGCCCCACUAAUGCCUUGUCAGUAUUGGGUGCCCCGUGUCCGUUUGCUUUUUCUGGCUGAGGACCCCCGGGUUCUUGCCGAGCGAGUGAUUUCUGCCAAUGACUUGAGGAAGAAAACACAGGCACUAUUGUUGUAUAACCUGUAUGUUGACUGCAUGCCUCUGGAUGGAAUGCAAACCAUUGAAGAAAAGAGUUUGCAGCGGAUGAAGCAGAUGGCAAUGGAAACUUCACGUCUGAGGAAAGGGAGUAUGUAAGUAUUGCAACAGUCCUUCAUACUGAAAACAUGUUUGUGGUUUUAACACCUUGUUUAUGACAAGGGAGGCCUAGCCCCCUGGGUGGCAGGAUAACUCCAUCAUUAUCAUUCCCUCACACCCUUUUCUUCUCAUCGCAUUCCCUGUUCUUUCUUUCCUACUUCCUCUGUUUCUGCACAUCCUGGGAAUUGUGCUUUUCAGAGGCAGACAUAAAAAACUAAGGAGGAAACCAGUAAACACAAGCAGGGCAGACACCUGCAAUUAAUUUGAUGCAAUUCAGAUGCAAUUACACCAGGCUGUGCUGUGUUGUGGAACCAUUCAGUAAAACCACCAUAGAUGUAAGGUGCAGACUUUCAGUGUUUGAAGACUUUAAGGAGCACUGAUCUAACUAGUGGUAUUUGAGAUAUUAAGUUGCAGCUCUUCCAGAAACUAGCUGGUGAAAUGUAGAGGUCUUUUUAGUGUGGUUAUUAGAGCCCCUUCGUGUGAUUCACUGAGAGCUUCUUCCUGAUCAGGUGCUGCUCUUCCCUUUCUUAACAACUGCUUGUGCAUCUUCAAAGAUUAGAUAAUGGUAAGUGAAGGGGAGUGUGGGAGAUAUUUCAACUGGAAAUCAGGUGAGCAUGGCACAGGGUCUUGAGUGGGUACAAGGUAGAUCAUAGAAUCAUAGAGUUGGAAGGGACCCUGAGGGCCAUCUGGUCCAAUUCCCUGUAAUGCAGGAAUUUCAACAUCUAGACGCCCAUCCAAUUUGAAACCAAAUUUGAAACCAUUUGAAAGCAAAUAUGCUAGCAGUUUUAUUGCUGCACCACUAGGAGGAGAUCACUGCAAGGAUGGCUGAUUUCCAAUUGUUUCACGAUAGCAAUGACAAUCUAUUUCCUCCUGCCUAAGUUAGGAUGCUGAAUUGAAAAAAAGCUAACCAGGAAUGGACUUCUGUGAGAAAGGCCUAGGAACUAAGUUCCUUUCUGGUAUGGAAAACAAAUUCCUAGGCUCAAGAUGUGCUCAGAGGUGCCCAUUUAUUUAAUACUGUCUGCAUUUAUUUUGCAUGUGACUUUGGUUGGUAGAGGUUCUAGUAAAAAAACAACAUAAUUCUGACAAGGUUGCCAUCAAGUCUGUAGCACUGCUACAGACUCCAUGGCUUGGAAGAUUUGAGACGCUUUGAGCUAGAUGAGUCAUCAGCCAGUGGUAUCAUUGAUAUAUCAGUUCAUCUCACUGAACUGUGAAAGCUUUUUCCUCAGUCAGAUACAGAUGUGUAAAAUGCAAUAAAAUUAGUUUUUGAAGAAGGCUAAAGACUAUCUGUGAAUAGCCCCAAGACCAGAAAAUAUAUCCUGGUUCCAGAAGUUACAGACAAUAAUAUGAAAUUGUGAUAAUAGUAAUAAUAAUAACUAGAGAGCUGGCCCUGUACAAACUAAUAUCUCCAUUGGGCAUAUGAUAAUUUACCAUUGGGGAAAAUAAUGUAAAGACUAAAAGCUGAGGAGAUAACUCUUGGGGUUAUAAGGCUAUUGAAACUUGCUAUUCAGCUUUGCCCCAGCAAUACACCCUUGAGGCACUGCAUUAGAUUGUUCUUCCUUAUCAUCUGACUACCUUAUCCACGGGACUCAUGGCCUUGUGUUUGCCAGUCUUCCCUUCCAGGACAGGGCCUUUGCUGGCUUCUGCUGGUGUUGCUUCUCAUUGUUUUUUGUUUUGCCUUCUCCAUGCAAAUGGAACAGUUAUCGCCAGACUGCCAAUUACAAUGGGUCAGGAGGGGAGCGAGAAAGAAAGAAGAGUGGAAAUAUUGCUUCUAAAUCUCUCCCUUUAGUCAGAUGUAAUACAGUCCUAGGUGUCACACAACUUGCCCCACUUCCCCUUGAUCCUUCAGAAUCACCUGCUGUCCCAUUCCAGGUCUACUAUGAAGCUCCCUUAAUGUGCCGCAAGCACUUUUAAUGAAGAAGCAAAGCACAUGCAAACACAGGAGGCGUGAAGAUGGGACUGUAGAGAUAUAUGAGUGAUGCAGACGCAACAUUGUGUGAGGUCGUAGUUCAUUCUGUUAAUUAGUUUUUUAAUUAUGCUUAGCAUUUUAGAGCGGCUGCAGCUCCUGGGGAAAGAAGUGUCCCUAGACUUUGAGCGAACCAUGAACAAGAUUAACUUUGACAGAAUUGUCACUUCCAAGCCUCAGACGUUCUAUUAUGUCACUCUGCCUGAGAAAGAGGAAGAGAAGGUGCCACAGAAGGGUAGGUGACACAGUAGAAAAAGACAGCAGCAGAGUGUAAAAUCAUCCCAGGGGGAAAUUAUUCUGUUUCUUGCAAUUAACUUUAGACUAUGAUUGAUAUGUUGCAAAGGGAGAUGUACCAAUCCCAUAUUAUAUUAUUAUAUUUUAUAGUCGUAAUUAUUUUACUUAUAAGCUGCUUAAAUAAGUUUUGUUAUUGGGUAAUAUAUAGAUAUUGAAAAUAAAUCAGUGCCAGCGUGUUCCUUUCUGACAAAGUCUGACAAUACAAACUAUUUAUAUAUAUUUGCAUCCCAAGCUUUCUGGGUAAAAGAAGUUGAAUGAUAGUGAUGAGAGCAAGUGUCAGCCAUUCAGAUACAACCAAGCUGCUGCCAUGGAUCCUUUGAGGGACAGAGCUAGACUAGCCAAGGUUUGAGGCAAUGCCAUGCAAGAUGGCUGCCACUCCUUUGCCUCAAACCCUUCUGGAGCAAGGAACAGUGAUCAAUAAGCAAGAGUAUGUGUAUUCUGCAAUUCUGUGAAAAUAUAUAGCAUUCUGAGAAUCACAUUGCUUUGAGAAAGUGAGUUUUUGGCUGUUAGAACUACAAAGUUAUAUGUGAAAGCUUGUGAGCAAGUGGAGGGGGGAGGAGGAGGGAGAAUUAAGAUUUCCAUGGGUCAGGAGGAUUGGCUUCAAUGCUUGACCAUAAUUGCUUGUCCAUUUCCAAGCAAAAUGAGUGGGAAUGUACAAAUUUGUUUAAUUUUCAUAAUUUAUACAGAUCUAGUUGUUGUUUUUCUGGACACAGAGAUGUGGUCAUCUUGCUUGCACCUGGAAAUUACAGUAGGGAUGGCCUGUGAUUCUGGCACUGCCCUUGGGCCUUGUGUGCCUGGAGGCUUCAUGCUCAAGGAACAACUCUGGAGUCUUCUUUUUUUUUUUUAAUCACUGCUUGAAGAGAAGUGGUGAGGCAGGAAAGGUACAGGGGGGAGGUGUGGUGAGGUGGAGGAGCAACGAUGGGGUGGUCCUUGCUUUAAAGGAAGGGGGUGCCGGAGAGCCACUGUGCCAGCCUGGAGCUGGUGCAACAAUGGCGCACCAACAGUGGGACUGACUCAGGAUCCAACUAAUCCUGGGCUGGAUCAGUCCCUUACUGCCUCAAGAAUACACAUUUUGGAAGCUUUGGAAGGAGAAGCUUUGCUCAGUUCACACAUAUGCACACAUACACACUCUGAUGCAAGGGUGGAGGUGUAGGUUGCUCUGUAAAUAAAUAAAAUGCAUUUUUCAGCAUUUAUGGUUCUUACAUAUGCUUAACAAGAACAGCUACAUGACUACUGUUCCUACAGAAAUAACAUCUCUUCUUGUGUCCCCAGGUCGCAUUGAUGUUCCUGAGUACCCAUUUAAUGAGCAAAAAGAAACUUUUAGCUUCAUCUCCCUCCUGACACGGCCAGAAGUCAUCAUGGCUUUGUGCCAGGUCCGGGAUGAGUGCAAUAAAACUGCAGCUAUGUCACUGUUCCAUUCAACCCUGACUAAGUACGGCCGACUAGAGGAGUUUGAGCAGAUCCAGAAACAGACCUUUUCACAGGUAUAGCAGCAGGGAAA